AGCUGACGUUUCAAUGUUUUGAAAGUGUUUCGGAAAAAAGUUACGGUGAUAUCAUCCAGUUUUUUCGCGAGACGUUUGUUUUUCAAUAAAUCAUCAGUUCUUUUAUAGUGGUAACUUGAAACUAUGGCCGAUCCUAAGUUCCAGAAUCUCCCGUACAUUGCACACGAUCAACCGGAUGUGUACGAAACUCCGGACGUACCGGAGGCGGAAACAUCAGAUUUCUACGACGAGGAGCCAUCUAACGAGAGCAUCGAACGGUUGCACAUAUCGACCGAUGAAUCUUAUAAAAAAUUCAAGGGGAAGUACGUUUCCGGGAACGUCGACUUUAGCGAUGUGCUCGGAAAGAAAUUUCGCAUGGGCUACGAUGUUAAUAGUGGCGAAUGGGAUUUGGCCGGAGAAGGUGAGAAAGAAUCACCUGUUCAAAAAUGCUUGCGGCUGCAAUGCGAAAUGAAUGAACUGAUGGAAGAGAUCCUGGCCUCUCAGGCGGAUUCCAGCCGCACCAAGGAAGAGAAGGCUUCCUAUGAAGCGGUUUUCGAAGUAGUCGGAACCGCUAAAAAAGUUUUAGAGAGUCUUAAGCUGGAGCAGGCCAUUGGAAGCGAAACUGUGGCUGUAGGAGCUGAUGUUGAGGCAAAAAAUUUGCUGACCAAGAUUGAAGAGUAUAAAAAAUCCGGGGUAUCGGAUCCAGCCAAAACGGCUAGCGAUUUGGUUUACAGUACUCGCAUUGCAGAACUGGAACACCGUCUGCAUCAGCUGGAGCUAGCAGUAGGGGCGAAACCGGAGAAAAUAAGUCGACUGGCCGGCUCCACCGGAUCUGGAAACUUGAUUAAAGCAGUUCAGUCGAUCUCCUCCAAGGCUGCUCUUUUGCAACCUCAACAACUGGACUUAAUCGAUGCCCGACUGGCGAUACUGAUACAAAAAAUGGAUUCGAUUAAAGAUAAAUCGGCACCCGCCGAAGGCGCCGAACAGGAUUCAAACCGGGAACAGAAGAUUCUGGAGCUGUAUGAAAUCGCCAAAAGUACUGAACCGAUAGUGCAGAUUUUGCCGGAUAUGUUGCACCGCAUGCAAACGCUGGAGUCCCUGCAUAAAUAUGCCACCAAUUUUGGCAAACUGUUUGCGGAGCUCGAAACUACCCAGGCCAGCAUUCUGAACGGCAUCGGGGCGAACAAGGCUCUUCUGACCGGGGUGCAGGAAGCGUUUGCUCAAAAUCUUGAGAACGUCAACAAAGAAGUCAAAAAGCUAGACGAACGUAUGAAAACCCUCUCGGAAAAGGUGAAAUAAUGCGUCGAGAGUCUACCAUUCCCAAAAGCUACCCCAGUAGGGCUUAAUAUUGUAAGGAAAGAUGCUGCUUUUUUCGGGCUUAAAAUGAACACACUGUACUACAAUACAACUACUUAUAAUAUUUAAACAUCAACUCAUUAACGUUAUAAAAUUUAAGUUGCUUAUAUAACGCAAAUAAAAUAUCAUUAUUUAUAACCAACCGCAAAGGAUUAAGUGUGGAAGAUGUUUUAUCACAACUUUUAGGAGGAAUCCUUUUCCUUUAAUAUAUCUCUUACUUUCUAUGAAUAAAAUUUCUAAGAUUUUUUUCAGAUUUAA